GCUGCCACGAUGUGACGUGACGGACAUGCUGUAGCUGCAGCGGCAAGGCACUAGACUCGUUCAGAAAGAAAGAAAGAAAGAAGAAAGAAAAAAAGACAUUCAGGCUCCCAGAUGUAGAGAAAAGACCGGAGCUCCUCUCUAGAGGUGUAGGUAUGAACGGUGCCGUGUGGAGACGUAGAGAUGUGGAGGAUAGUUGUUAUGCUGCACCUCGCGGUUGUAAGCAGUAAAGUCUCUUGUUCACCUUCCAGCCCUGGCAAAGUGUUUUUCUCUUCCAUGAAUCUGAGGAAUGUGCUGCAUUGGUAUCCCGAGAAUGACACGCAACAAAACGUACACUUUACAGUGCAGUAUGCCAUCUAUGGAGACAGGUUUGAAGGCAGCGGAGAAAGACAGGUGUACUGGAGAGUGGUGCAGCAGUGUAAAGAUAUAGAGUGGACCUGGUGUGAUCUGACCAAUGAAACACAGGAUCUGGAGCAGGGCUACUAUGCCAGGGUUCGAGCGGUGGUGAAGAAAAGAUCCUCCAAAUGGAUGGUGACAGAGAGGAGAUUCGACCCAAAGUCUGACACGAGUUUUGGCCCCCCAUUGGUUUCCUUUGUGAUGGAGGGGAACAGUGCCAUCUUCACUCUGAGGGGGCCAAUGAGAUAUCAGCCUAAUAACCACAACCCAGAAAUUUCUAUGGCAAUACUCUACCCCCACAUGUCCUACAAUCUCUCUGUCCACAAUACACGCCAUAACCAGACGCAGUACAUCACUUUUGCAUCCAGUCAGUAUAAAUAUGGUCUCAUGGAAUAUGACACGGAGUACUGCUUCUCUGCCAAGACCAGAUUCCUCUCCAUGCCUGUUCGGUGUCAACCAUCUGCCUGGGACUGCAUCACCACACCUCCGGAUCCCGUAAUUGGUGAGAUGCAGAAGAUGGUGGUGGGCAUUGUCAUCCCAUCACUGUGCUUGUGUAUGCUGGGGGUGUCUGGCUAUCUUCUGCAUCGCUCAAUGAGUGCAAAAGGACAAAAGUGGCCACUUAUACUGGAGCUAAAUCCACAAAAGUCCCCUCCUUUGACUUUUUGUCCAGAGAAUCUCAAUCUCAUCCUCAUCAGCGUUAACAAUGAUGAUCUGCUGGUCACCAAUACCGGCGAACCAGACACCACUUUCCAAAAGCCACAACCACCAAUCCCUAUUCUCCCUGAUUUGCUGAGCUACGCCCCCCAGAGGACUUCGAGCUCCCCAGAGCCCGAUGCAGCUGUGGGAAAUGACUUUUCAGAGGUGGAGAGCAUGGGCUAUGGAUUUGUUGGCAUGGCCCACGACACAGAGGAGGAAGAGAUAGACAGGAGAUUUGGUGGAACACGAGAUGAGAGGUGGGAGCAACAGCCAGAGGGGGUACAUUUAGAUGGAUUCAGACACAGGAGAGAAGGAACGAGAGAGAGGAUUGAGAGCGAAGAAUGGAGAGAAGAGAGUCUUUGUUCUGCUGAAGGUUACAAACCUCAGGCCAACCCCUACCUCUCACAAACAAGUACACAUGGAAAGACAAACACACUGAAAGAAAUAAAGACAGAUAUGUGCAAGUUUGCACAGGCCCCAACAUCAUUAUGGGUACCCACCUUCAUAAAGGAGCAGUCUCAAACAUGGAGAAACCCUCUUUUUGGUAAGACAGAGGUAGAUGUCAUGAGAGAGCAAGAGGGAAAGAUGGAGAAAGAGGAGGAUAGAGUAUGUCCUGGUAUAUUUUUAAAGAAAGACCCCAAUACAGGUGUGUUCUACAUCCCAUUACUACUACAAAUACAGACAGAGAAGGGGCGAGAGGGAGAGAGCAUGGAAGGGAUGACAGAGAUGGGAGGAAUGUUGACAGGAGGUAUGGAUGGCGUGUUAGACCGGGGGCCAGGGGAGGGGACAGAAAGAGAGAGUACAUCAUUUUUCCCCUUACACCACACAGCACAUUGA